ACUAACUUACCUAGUUAUCGAAGAGAGUGCACACGUUUUGGUUAUAUUCUGAACCGUACAUUUGUUGGGCAUGGAGGUCAUAUCUCUUGACGAGGAGCUUCUUUGCGCCGUCUGCCGUGACAUAUUUGUCGAGCCUGUGACUUUGCCGUGCGGUCAUAAUUAUUGUGAAGGCUGUGUGAAGCAGUUGAAAAGAUCUGCGGUGAAAGUCGAAAACAUCAAUGCCGAGGGUGGAUUCGAGAGACUGUGUAUAUGUUACACCUGUCCUCUUUGCCUUGCACCUUGCGAUUCAACGUUAAACUUGAAAAAUAACGUUGUACUUAACAACAUAAUUGAAAAGUACCACAGUAAACGUGCAAGCGGUGUCGACUGCACUGUCUGCAAAGGUGAUCAGAGGAUGUUCGCAGAAAAGAGUUGUGUCAGCUGCGAAGAGUCAUAUUGCACCGUUCACAUCAUACCACACUUGGAGAACGCUGUACUGCGCCAACAUGUUCUGGUGAGCCCGAUGGGCGACACUAGCAGACUCUGCAAAGAGCACGGGAAGGAACAGGAACUUUACUGCGAGACAGACCAGACCCCCCUGUGUGCCUACUGCAUGCUACCUGCGGGGGCCAAGCACAGGGAUGGGCACAACGUCGUGAAACUGGCAGAUGCGCUGGAUACUUUAAGGGGGAACUGUCAAGUCAAACUUCAGGGUAUUAAAGAGAGGCUGACUGAAGUAAAGAAUGGCAUGGCAAAAAUUGAUGAAGCUGCUUCGUGUUCCAAGGCCAGUCUGGAGAGGCAGCAAAGUGAGUGCACAGCCUUCCUGCGCAGAAUCAAGCUGUUCCUUGAGUUUGAGGAGCAGGCGUGGCAGAAGAGGUUCUCUGUGGACAUGGUGCAGGAGAGCAGGACCGGGAAGCAGCGGACAGAGGGGCUGAGGAGGCUGCAGGACAGGCUGACACAGGCACAGGACACCCUGCUGAAGACUCAGACCAUCAGUGACCCCCUGGUGCUGCACCAGCUCUUGAAGAAUGAGGAGUGGGCAGACCUGCUUCAAAGGGACGUUUGUUCCCGUCAGAUGGAGAAGCUCAGUAAUUGGAGUGGAACCAAGCUUGUGGCUUCAUCUAGAAUCACCCCCUUAUUCCAGACUCUCCAGAAAACAUUUCAAGGAGAUGUCAUUUUCUUUGCUGAAUUAAGUGCCCACCCCAAACUGAAGUUGGACCCUGACUCUGGCUCUGUGUGGGUGACUGAGGAGGACCAGCGACAUGAGGAACCAUGUUACCUGGAUCGGCCUUACUGUGUGAUGGGAGUCAUUAUCUCCUCCAAGGGUGUGCACAAUUGGGAGGUGGAAGUAGAGGGGCUCUCCUCUUGGGCCCUCGGUGUAGCCUUCCUUGGCCCAUACCAGAUAGCGGUGACCUGCAAGCUCGGCACUGAUGACCAGUCGUGGAGUCUGAGUUACAGCAAGAGCAAGCAGCAGUUCUCUGCCCAGCAUGACUGGCUGGCAUUUGCGUUCCAUGCACCGGACUCCAACCCACCCAUACGGAUCGGGGUCUUUCUGUACCCUGGAUCAGGACUCAGCCAGCCAAACUUACCUCAGACCAGCCUUCUGCCCUAGGCUGAAGGAGGAUGACCAGCCACUGUCGACUAAGCCAAUGAGGGUGCUGCGCCCAGUCUCAAACCUUUAGGCACUACAACCAACGGCAUCCUUCACACUAAUAGUUGCACUAGCAGCUAGCUAACAUACUUUUCUUUUUGUUCCAAAUGCUUAGUUUGAACCACUCACCAUUGAUUGUGUUUGAAAUUAAGAAAAUAUGGAGAACCUGUUUCUAUGUUUUUGUAAAGCCGCUCAAACUGUUACCCAGCUUAAAAUGAUGCUACAGUUUGGCAAAAUCCCAAAAUGUAGUAAGUUGUCUGAGCCUUUGAAUGUCUUGUAAGUGAACUAAUUUAGAUAAAUAUAUGCAGUGUGCAUAACAUCUGAGCAUCAGCAAUGUAUUGUGCCUUUUUCUACAUGUUUCCUACCAGAAUAGACUACCAAAUCUACAAAUGCUUAUUGACAAGUGUUUAGUUUCUAUUUCUUGUGGUCCUCUGUUGGAUUGUUCCUCUAACACUGCAUUAAAAUAACUUGGUCCUAUUAUCAUUGUAUUGUUGUGAUGGCAGCAUUUUAUAAUUGUUGAAUAAAAUAAAU